AUGUCUCCUCUCUGGUGGAUUUGGUCGGCAUUUUUCCUCUUGGAAUGUGUGGUGGCAAUUUAUUUAAAUUCCUACAUUGUCUUCUUCAAUGGGAGAAGCCUGACAGAAGGUGGUAAGAGGAACCCGGUGAGCCUCAUCCUCAUCAUCAUGGGAAUAAAUAAUAUUACUAUGCGCUGCAUAUGGAUCGUUAAUGACGUGGCUUUUUGGUUAACAGAUAUUUUUGAUUCACCUCUUUAUAAUGCCGUAGCUUUUCUUCUUGGCUUCCACAUGUAUUUCAACUACUGGCUGGCGGCCUGGCUCUGCGUCUAUUACACCAUCUUCAUCGCCAACUUCAGCCACCGAAUGUUUCUCUGGAUUAAAAGGAAUUUGUUGGCUUUCCUGAAUCAGGUGCUCUUCGUGACGGGAGUCGGGUCACUGGCCAUAUCUCUUCUUGCAUUAAUGUGGAGAUGUACGGUAAUUGUCAAUAAUUCUGCGAAUGGAACAACCAUUGAAGAUGUUUCCAUUACUUACUUUUAUAAGAUCGGUGCCAUCAUCCUUGGCUCCUGCCUUCCAUUCACUUGCAUUGCCAUCUCCCUCAUGGUCUCAGUGUCAUCUCUUCUGAAGCACGUCAACAACCUCAGCCAGACCGGUUUCGAUGUUCAGGUCCACGUCACCCUCAUAAAAUCAAUGACCGUGUUUUUCAUGAUCUCAGUCUCUUACUUCCUUGUUUACAUCAUUAAUCUCACGGCAGUAUUUAAGCUUAAAGAUCCUUUGCAUUGUAUCAUCUGGUUACUGAUAGUGCUGGCUCCAACGAUGAAAAGCAUAAUCAUUAUACAGGCCAGUCCCAAAAUGAGGAAGAACUUUCCAGGCUGGUUCUGUGCCAGGGGGACUGGGGGGCAGUGA